AUGACUGUUCCAUUUCGAAUCCCUACUACAGAUCUCGACUAUUGUCUAGAACAGCUCCUCGAGCAUAAACCUCCCAAGAUUCUUCCGCCAGAAACCAUACAACAGCUCUGUCAUACACUCAAGACCCAGCUCUUGUCUGUUCCCAAUAUCAUGCCUCUCCAACUGCCCAUCGCUGUUGUUGGCGACAUCCAUGGCCAGUACCAUGACUUGCUUGAGAUCUUCCAGAUCGGGGGAGCCCCUCCCACGACAAACUACUUGUUUCUUGGUGACUAUGUGGAUAGAGGCUAUUAUUCUGUGGAAACCAUUUCAUUGCUCAUAACUCUCAAAUUGCGAUUUCCAGAUCGUGUCUUUUUGAUUCGUGGCAAUCACGAAUCGCGAACCAUCACUACGAACUACGGCUUCUAUUCAGAAGUUCUAAGCAAGUACAACGGCAGUGCCGAUGUGUGGUCGUAUAUCACAGACUUGUUUGACUACUUACCAUUAGGAGCUACCAUUGACGGCAAGAUAUUUGCUGCCCACGGAGGUUUAUCGCCGAGCUGUCAGCAAUUGGACCAGAUACGAGCGCUUGACCGGUUCCGGGAGAUUCCUCACGAUGGAAUCAUGGCAGAUCUUGUUUGGUCUGAUCCAGAUACCGAGAUCAUGGACUUCAAACUUUCACCAAGAGGUGCUGGAUACCUUUUUGGGCUUGAUGUGAUCAACAAGUUCUGUCACGAAAACAGUCUUGUUCAAAUGAUUCGGGCACAUCAACUCUGCAACGAAGGCUAUACGAGCUAUUGGCAGGGCAAAUGUCUCACGGUAUGGUCUGCACCUAACUAUUGCUAUCGAUGUGGUAACAAAGCUAGUGUAUUGGAGAUUCUUCAUUCCAACUACGACAGCAAAAGAACAUCUACAACGACUUCUAACUACGAAGACAGAUUCGACAGCACCAAGAUCUGCUUGCGACAGGGAGUCUUGCCAGGACAGUUUUUCAACAUCUUCGAGGCAUCUCCUGAGAACGAUGAAGAUACAUUGAAAGGGAAGAGUGUCAAUGGUAUCAACUCCGAAGACGAGUAUGCUGUCAACAAUGGUGACUUCUUCCUGGGUUUCUUCAGAGAGAAGUCGCGGAAGCAGCAUGUGGAGUAUUUCUUGUAAGGCAAGACUCCACUGUAAUAUUACAUAAUUAAUCUAGCAUUGUAUAUAAAGAAUAGAGUAGAAUUUGUAGAAGAUGGGGUCGGCAGUGAAAAUAUUUAGUUUCGUGAUAAGCAUGAGUUAUGAUAAUUGAGUUGUAUAGGUGGUCAUAUUUGGUUUUUUUUGUACUGAUUUUGAUGGUCGAAAAACCAUAUUGAAUUUCAUGAAUAAUAUAAGAUUGAAUAAUCGAAACUAUGUAAUUCAGACAUGACUUAUGGAAACUGUUUUAUACAAUUGUGAAUUAACCAUAGUACAACUCGAAGUUGAAGCCAUUGUGAACUUCAUAGUCGUCCAAAGUUAUAUGGUCCUUGUAGACUUGGUAGCCUUUCUUCAAGAUGAGUUUAUCGUAUGGAGUGCCGAUCUGGAGCGAGAUCACUUUCUUCAAGUCGCCGAUAGUGUCUGACUGGAGACACUUGACGUUGAUCUUCUUGCCGAGACGGUCGUUUACCAGGACCUCUAUCAUUUCUAAG